GCCGCCGCCAUGCCAUCCAGACUGAGGAAGACCCGGAAACUCCGGGGCCACGAGAGCCAUGGCCACGGUUGCAUCGGUAAACACUGAAAGCAUCCAUGAGGCCUGGGGAAUGCUGGAGGCAUGCAUCACCACAGGAUCAACUCCGACAAACACCACCCAGGUUACUUUGGUAAAGUUGGCAUGAGGCAUUACCACUUAAAGAGGAGCCAGAGCUUCUGCCCGAUUGUCAACCUGGGUAAGCUGUGGACACUGGUCAGUGAGCAGUCAGGGGUCAACGCUGCCAAUAACAAGACCCAAGAUGCUCGCAUCAUCGAUGUUGUACAAUUCAGCCGCUACAAAGUUCUGGGGAAGGGAAAGUUCCCUAAGCAGUCUGUCAUCAUGAAAGCCAAAUUUUUCAGCAGAAGAGCUGAAGAGAAGAUAAAUGGUGUUGGAGGUGCCUGUGUCCUGGUGGCUUGAACCACCC